AGUUGUUUGUGCAUACACUGACUUGGUGAUGAGGUCCAUGCAUAUUGCUGUAUUGUUAUUCAAUUUUCUUUACUAUUUAAGUCCAGUUUAUUCAAAUUGCCCAGAAGCACCAAAGUGUGAUAAAGGUUAUUUGUAUAGGUCUUUCGAUGGAACAUGCAAUAAUUUAGGUUAUCCACUUUAUGGAAAACCAGACCUUACUUACGAUAGGCUUUUAAAGGCGAACUAUGACGAUGGUAUUUCAACUCCGUAUAAAGCUAAAGAUGGAGGACCGCUUACACCAGCACGUACCAUAAGUAACAAGUUAUACCCUGAUAUACCGUUGAAAGAUCCGAUAUGGACUUUAAUUCUCAUGCAGUAUGGUCAAAUUGUGGCUCACGACUUGAGUAAUAUUAAACAAGAAGGACCAGAUAAUUGCUGUACUAAUGAAACCUCAAAAAAUCCGAAAUGUUUUGCGAUUGAGGUACCGUUCGACAUCACUGAUAGGAUGUCUCUGGCCGGAAUUAAAUGCAUAAGUUUUAUAAGAACCACCACAGACCGUGAUCAGGGCUGUUAUACUGAAAAUGAGCCAGUUGAACAAGUGUCCGAUGUUAAUUCAAUUCUGGAUCUUUCCGUUACUUAUGGUAACAGUUUAGCUAAAAGCCAAGAACUAAGAACUGGGUUGGGAGGUAAGCUUAAGGUCGAAAAUAGAAACGAACAGGAUUGGCCACCGCGCGAUCCUACGCCUACUAAAACCUGUUUCCUACCCAACACCGAGGAAGCAUGUUAUUUGACAGGUGAUAAAAGAGGAAACCAGAACCUACAGCUGACUGUGUUGCAAGUGGCUUAUCUGCGCGAGCACAACCGAGUAUGCGACAUUCUGGCAGAACUAAAUCCUCAUUGGGAUGACGAAAAGCUAUUCCAGGAAGCGAGAAAAAUCUGCAUCGGCCAGCACCAAUACGUUUCCUACUACGAAAUGUUGCCCAUUUUCCUGGGAAGAGACAACCUGUUGAAUUACAAAAUCAUUUACGAUACUGAUGAUUUUGUGGAUGAUUAUGACAGCAGUGUCAACCCGGCAGUAUACAACGAACACGCCAAUGCCGCAAACAGAUAUUUCCACAGCAAUAUUGAAGGAUAUUUAAAGUUGUAUUCUGAUAAAUUCAGGUUGUCUUAUUCUUCCGUACGGCUCAGCAAUUGGUUCGACAGACCGAGUUUUUUGGAGGAAGGCGACAAUUUUGGAGGAUUAUGCAGAGGAUUGACGACGCAGCUUGAGUCCAACGUCGAUACUUUCCACACUAGCGAGAUAACCCAAUACCUGUUCAAGAAAGCGAAAACGUUCGGGAAGGAUAUGAAGGCAGCAGAUGUCCAGAGGAACCGCGACCACGGUUUUCGUUCUUACAACGAUUACCGUGAACUUUGUGGACUAAAACGUGCAACGAAAUUCUCUGAUCUAUCCGGCGAAAUAAAUGAGCUGGCCAUAAUACUACUCCAAAAACUUUAUAAAAGUGUGGAUGACAUAGAAUUGACAACAGGCGGAUCUGUGGAAAAUCAUGUACAGGGAGCUUUAGCAGGCCCAACUUUUGUAUGCAUUAUGCUGAAACAAUUUUCUAAAACUAGGCUUUCUGAUAGAUUUUGGUUUGAACGUAGUGGCAAGACCGGAUUUACUCUAGAUCAACUAAAUGAGAUUAGGAAAGCAUCUAUUUCAAGAUUGUUGUGCGACAAUUCACCAACCACUGAUUACAUGCAGCCUGAGGGAUUCAAAUACACGUCAAUUUUUGGAAAUAAAUUGCAAGAUUGCAACACAUUACCUUCGAUCAAUUAUACCAAAUGGAAGGAAUAA